GUCAGAUCGGCCUCGGCCAGAGCGCGGGCUUGCGCCUGGCAUUAGCUGGUUUAGAACGCGACAGCAAGGUCCUUAGAGCUGCUUGCACUGCGCCUGCGAGCGGUGGCGUGUCGCGUGCGCCACAGGCUGAUUGAGUGCCCGGAGAGCUUUGUGGUCAAAUCAGCAGCCGCGUCCGUGAGGAGCGCGCCGAACCUCAAAACAGCAAAAAUGUGGAUCACCAUCCCGCACGGCUACCUGCCGGGCGACGACUUCCCCGUCUACGACGCGUCGGACACCUAUUUAGGAACGGCGACCGUGCCGGCGGGUUAUUAUGGCGGCGACCAAUUGGAGUUCUUCCGGAGCAUGCUCCACAAGAAGCGAAGUACGAAGAAGAGCAACUACGGCGCAAAGCAGCUGCGCGGCGCCGGCGACGCGGCGAUGUCGCUCGCGUUUACCCUUGUUUGUAUCGUCCUCAUCUCGAAGCUCGUCGGCUGGUGGCGCACGCGCAGACGCAAGACGCGGAAGAUCGAAACGGCCUAUCCGAGCGUCCCGUCCGCGUCAGAGGCGAGAGACGCCAAGCGCCGCAUGCGCGAGGAGCAGGACGCCCGGCGCAAGGCCGCCCGGGCGUCGCGCGACGCGGCGGCCCAAUUAGCGCGCCGCGAGGCCGACGCGCGGUCCCGGGAGCUCCGCGCGAUGCGCAAGGAGGAGACGCAAUGCCGCAAGGUCUGGACCGCGGUCAUGCGGCGCGACGCGGCGACGCGGUUGGCGAGCGUCGGCCGCGUGCGGUGCGCUCGUAGAUUCGUGGCCGUCACGCGCGCCGCGCUCGUCGUGCAGCGCGCGUCGCGCGUCCCCGGCGUCAUCGGGCUGCGGCGGGCGGUGCGGAAGGCGCACCAGUGCGCAUGUGAUGCGCUGGACGCGGCGACGCGGGCCUCGGAGGCGGCGGAUGAAGCCGCGGAACGAGCCGACUCGCACAUGUGCGCCUGGCCGCUCCAGCGCUGCUUUCGGGCUCACAUGUUUCGGCGCGGCUUCUACGUCGCGUACCUCCAGCGCUUCUGCCGCGUUAUGUUAGCCAAGAAGCGGCUCGCGGCGAAAAAACGUCGGGCGGCGCAGCGGCGCGGCCGCAACGCCGUCGUGCUCUGGCAGCGGGCCUGGCGCGCGCGGCGGCCCCAGGCGCGGAAACGUGCCGCCGCGGCGCUCGCGGGCGAGCUCCUUUUCGCCGAGGAGAAGCGCCUGCAGCGGAAGAAGCGCCGCGAGGCCGAGCGCAAGGCUAGAGCGAGGGAAAACGAGAAGCGCCGCAAGAGCGACCGCAAGGGCUGGCUCGAGAAGCGCGCCGCGGCCAACAAGGCCGCUGACGCCGCCGCCGACGCGCUCUGGGCGACGCUCGCCGCGCGGGAGGCCUGCGCCGCCAUCGUCGUGUCCGGUGCGCGCGGUCCAAGAGCGGAGAAGGUCAACGGCUUGUACCGCGCGGCUCGGAAAGCGACGAGACCUCCACUAUUUAGCUCAAAGGGCGCCCACCUCUUCGUGGCGAAGAAAGAAGGCACCUGGGCCUGGAUAAUCGGGGACUGGUCGGCCUACGAAGCUUCCGAGGCGCGGGGCUGGGCCACGUCGACCACCGUAUGUGUCGGGGCUCCGCCCUGCGGCAAGCAAGACUUCCUCGUGGCCGACGGCCGGGGCGGCUUCCAGCUGCAGUGGUUGCGCUGCGAAGUGGUCUCGUCGCGUACGGUUGCGGCGGACGAUGCCCUCCUCGUGGCCUCCUACGCCUCGCAACGCGCGGCGAAAGCCGUCGCGGCGGCGGCGCGCCACGCUACCGUCUGUGUCUGUGUGGAAAUCAACCAGUGAGUUAGGUUACCCCCACGCCAUCGAGGGCGGGGCGUCCGAAUUUGAUUUCCACACAGGUGUGCGCGACGCAGAACGCCAAGAUGCCCCAAGUAAAAACGGCGCGCGUGCGCCAGGCCGCCGCCGCUCGAGCGUUCAAGGCCGCCAAGGAGGCGGACAACGCCAUCGCGCAGGCCUGCCAGAUGGCCGGCAAGAGCAGAGACGACCUCGCGUCCUUACGUUCCGCCCGCAAGAUGGUCGCGAAGGCUCGAGAUGAUGGUGCCGCGUCGCAAGCCUGGCGCGACAUCGCCGACGAGGCCAUCGACAAGUUAGACGCGCGCAUGCACGAGGCGCGCAAGAUCCGCGACGCGGUGAAAGCGCGCGAGACCGAGAACAGCGCGACGAGCGCGGCCAAUUGCGCCGUCGAUUUGAUUGCUGAUGAUAUCGUGGAGGCCCUGGUCCGGGCCGAGGCGGCGCGCGCCGACGCGGCGCUGGCCAAGGACUUGCGAGAUCUGUGCCGGGACUGCGGCGUGUCGCAGCUGGCGCGCUACGCGUUGUUCCGCGAGGAGGUCCGCGACGUCGAGACGCUCGAGGUCGUCCUCGAGGACGACGGAUGGGCCGAUUUACUGUUAGAUGCAGCGACACGGGACACGCUCCGAAAAGCCAUGGGCUUGCUGGCCGCGAAGGCUGAAGCCGACGACGCGGCCUUCUUCUGGGGCGACGACUAGUGCGCGCCCGCGGCCCGCUACGCCUCAAGCUCCUAGUGUUAAGUGAACUAUACCUGUAGAAA